AUGAAUGAAGGUAGUGGAUCUAUAGAUGAGUUCGAGAAUGACUUGAGUAUUCAUUCUCCUGCCAACCCAAUAGACUAUAUAGCAGUUGAUGAAGACCUUCUUGCUAAUACUCUGGACGACUCUGAGGGAGAGAGCUAUUCUCAUAUUCCAGAACAUCUUCGCCAAUAUAUUUUAGAAUACCAUAAUAACAAGAGAAGUAGUUUAGCUUCUGGCUUAGAACCUAAUUUGAUAGGAAAUAUGCAAAGUGGAAAGAACAUCUAUCAAUUGGAAUGGGAUAAUGAAUUGGAGCGAAUUGCUGCAACUCAUAUAUCUGCUUGCUCUUCUGCCUUCAUCAAUGGAUCUACCUUGAAAUCAAGUGCUCAAGUGAUCAAAACGUUCUGGCUCCUGUGGGAUGGAACUGACGACCAAUUGCAUGUUAAAAAAGCAUUGGAACAAUGGUGGAACCAAGGACAACAUUCAGGCAAUGAGGAUGCUAGGAAUCGAUAUUUCAAUCGAAGAAACUAUAUUGGAUGGGCAAAUAUGGCCAAAGGUAAAACUACACGAAUCGGAUGCUCAUAUAAGCAAUGUUCAUCUGAACAGAAAGCCGUUUUCAUAUGCAUUUACAGCGAAAAAGCUCAAUGUGAAUUGGAAAUGAUUUAUGAGCCUGGUGAGCCAUGCACAUCAAAUGAGGAUUGUUUUACAUAUCCAAAUUCGAAAUGUAAUACAACAACAGGAUUAUGCCUUGCUCCCAAAUAUGUGAAUGAUAAUGGUGAGAAUACAAUAUGUUCAGAUAGUUCUAAUAUGACUGAUGCUAUUAGAGAUUUGGCUUUGUCUCAGCAUAACUUCUACAGAUCGAGGUUAGCCAGAGGAUUAGAAUACAAUGGUGAGACAAACAUGUCACAGCCUACAGCAAAAAGAAUGAUUAAGAUGGAAUACAACUGUGAAUUGGAACGAUAUGCUCAAAAGCAUGCAGAAAAAUGUGUUUUUGCUCAUUCAAAUAGCUGGGAAAGGCCUAAUCAAGGUCAAAAUCUCUAUAUGACAUCAACAAUACACUUUGAUCCCCGCAUUCUAUUAAGAACAGGUAUUGAAAAAUGGUGGCAAGAGUUGGAACAAUUCGGUGUACCAGAAGACAAUCUACUUAGUAGUGAUAUGUGGCGGAACAAAGGAAAAUUAGUUGGACAUUGGACUCAAAUGGCGUGGGAUCGAUCAUACCAUUUAGGAUGUGCUGUUGUACAAUGUCCUUUAAUGGGAUAUGUUGUUUGUCAUUACGGACCAGCUGGUAAUCGUCGUGAUCAAAUUAUAUAUGAAACUGGUGACGCAUGUGCAACAGAUGCUGAUUGCCAAGGACUUCACUGUAUAAGUGAAGAAGGACUUUGUGCCCAUCAUAUUUGA